UUCUUUCUCUCUCUCUCUCUCUUUCUUUCUUUCUCAUUGAAAAACAUAAGGGAAGAGCGUGUCGCAAAGGAGCAUUUGCUCGGGAGAGUUGGGAGCACACGCGAGUGCGCGCGGGAGUGGCAAGGAAAGAGUUGAACGAGUCUUCUGUUCUUUUUGGUGUGUCUACCCUCUCUCUCUCUCUCUCUUUCUCUUUCUCUUUCAUUCUUUUUGUUGGUAGCUUCGCGUACGAAAGGCUACGCGUUGCCGGGCGUACGUAAGGAAGGAAGGAAGGAUGGAAGGAUGGAAGGAAGGAAGGAUAUAUGAAUAGAUAGAUAGAUAGAUAGAUAGAUAAAUAAAUAAAGAUAAUUAGAAAGAAAGAAAUCUAAUAUCAUAGAUAUAAUAAAUAGGUAAGAUAGAGAUAGAGAGAGAAAGAAAGAUGAACGUAUUAUAUACAGUGUGUGCAUGUCGACGAGGGGAAUAAAGUCAUUUAUUUCGUAUAUAUCGGACGGUGCAGUGCGCGAAAAGUGCGAGAGGGCAAUCGUGUCGUUUCUCUCUCUCUCUCUCUCUCUCUCUCUCUCUCUCUCUCUCUCUCUCUUUUUCUCUUUCUUUUUCUUUCUUUUUUUCUUUUAUUCGCGCUCGCGCGUGACUGUGUGUGGCGGGUAUCGCGUAAAAACGAGAAACGGGAAGAGGAGAUCGAGAUACACAGGAAUACUGACUUGGUAUAGUGAAGGAGAAAGAAGGAAGUAAAGAAGAAAGAAAAGAAAAGAAAAGAAGAAGAAGAAGAAAAAGAAAAAAAACAGAGGAAUCGUGGGGUGUGCUGAUGCUUGGUUAGAGGGGUAUGGGGGGGUGAGGUGGUUGGGAAGGGACAAUCGUAAGAGAGAAGAGAAAGAGAGUGAAAUAGAAAUAUAUUCAAGAACAAAAGAUUACAAAAUAAAGAAUAAAGAAACGAAAUAACUAACAACGACUAGGAUUAGGAAUUUAGGACUACGAUUAGGACAACGACGAGGACGACGACGACGACGACGACGACAACGACAAGGAAGAAAAGAAGGAAGAUAAAGGAAAGGAAUAAUAAAUCAGUGUCACAAAACACAAGGAAUAUAUUAUACGGAAAAAGACUAUAUUUAUAUGGCAAUUAUUAUAGUGCGCGUAUAAUAAUCAUUACGCGUGCGAUUGUUAAUAAUAAUAAUAAUAAUAAUAAUAUCGCGUGAAAAAGGUGCAUCCUCACAAAUGACAGGGAGGUGAUCAAUGUGCACGAAAUAUGGCUGAGGAGUUGGUGGUCACCCUGAACCGCGGCGGUGACUCCUCUGGAUUUGGUUUCUCCCUUUUGGGAACGGCGGGACUUCCUCACGUUAUUUACGACAUCGUUGAAAACUCGCCGGCUGCUAAGUGUGGGAAGGUCGAGGCCGGUGACGUCAUACUCAGGGUAAACGAAGUCGAUGUCAACCGAUUUAGUACUAAAGAAGUGCUGAAAUGUCUGCGGCUCUCAUCGGACCCCGUCACCCUGAAGCUAAGAAGGGAUCCCGCGAUAAAGGCGCACGUGCGUCGACUCCUGUCACCCGGGGAUGCAACCCUCGAGGAGAAUGCAAGCGAAAUUGGGAAAACAACUCGGGAAGAAAGUUCAAUCGCGUUAAACUCUAGAGACGUUAAAUCGUCGUCGAGUAGUGGUUGUGAAAACGAGGAAUCGAGAAAAUCUGGCUCACCGGUGUUAGCCGUAAAUUCACCCCAAAAUCCUCAAGGUGGUGGGGCCACGCAGUAUUCCACCAGAAGCAAUGGUUCCUAUAGCGAUCCUUCGAGUUCCUCAGAUUUGGAAGCCCUUUUACCACCAAUGGAUAGCUUCAAGGAAGAAGAACGUGCUCAGUGGGAGCCACUUUCUGGUGAAAAGUUUGGUCGUCAAAAGAACACGCCUAGGUUCGAAGCUUAUAUGAUGACCGGCGAUCUCAUGCUGAACCUGUCGCGAACGCAGCAAAGCAGCGGUUUCCUGCCGAAGUAUCAGAAGAAGGUCGACUCGCUUAGGUACAACAAUCAUCACUCCCACCAUCACCAUAAUCAUCACAAUCACCACCAUCAUAAGUCGGUACCUACCAGUCCUAACGAGAUGCUGGGCCAUCACCGUGCUUACAAGUGCACUGGCUCGAACUCGGCCAGCACUUCGCCGGUCGGGAUCAGCAAACGCGAGGGCGGCCAAUGCCCGAGCCAGGGCGACUCUAGCAAGCCCAAUGCCGCCGCGAGCAGUUUCGGUUAUUCGAGCGGCUUCGUACGUACCUCGCGCUCCGAGGAUCACUUGCAAUUCCAAAAGGACCCUUCGAUGAGCGCGGUGGACAUAGACAUUGACGAUGACGUCACGUCCAGCCUAAAUACCCUGUUGGACACGCGGCCGGACAGCGGCCAGGGCCUGUCCAGCGAGAGAAUCGUCUGGACGUACAACGCGCCGGUUAGCUCGUCCUCUGCCUCGGAGCGCACCUCCUGUUGCCAAAACGGCAGCUCCUCUCAAUCCUCAUCCUCGCCCUCGAGUUCCUCGAGCUCCUCCUCGACGGAGGGUACGAGCCCUCAGCGUUCCUUAUCACCUGCCUCCCCGACCUCAGUCUCGUCCUCCGUCAUGUCCUCCAAUUCUGGAUCCCGUAGGUUCCCACCACCGGUACCGACUGCUCCGCCGGCCCUGGUGGGACCCUCGGGCGACGGGACCACCUCCUCGACCUCCGGCCUACAUCCCACCAACGGCGACCUCAGCCAGUCGGAGGCCAUCAGCAACAUGUCCAGUCCGGACUACAACGACGAGGAGACCAUGGAUAUUCUCAGUGUGCGCGACAUUAUGAUGGUCAGUGAUCCCAGUGACAGUGACUCGACGAUACUCGCGAGCGAGCCACCUCAGAGGAGACUCAAGCAGAGCUCGGCAUCGAAUGCUAACGCUGCUACGCCUUCUUACGCUCAACAACAACAACAACAACAACAACAGCAACAGCAGGACCCUUCGGCUGAACAUAGGAUAGUAAUACAAGUUAAGGGACCGGACAAGGAUUCUUCUUCGAGAAACUCUAGUCCAAGACAGACAAGGAGAAGGACGAUUCCUUCUGGGGGUGGUGUUGGUGUUGGUGGUGGUGGUAACGCUUCCUCCAUUGAUCUCUUACCACCGAACAUUUCUACGGUACAAAAUGCUGCCCAACGAUCCUCCCCUUCGACUCUUACCUCUGGUAACGUUACUCCAGAGUUUGUUGGUUAUCAGGAGCUCAAGGAAAGCGAGGAUGAAAGGGAAGCUUACAGUACUGGAUUCUACGACGAUCAAAAACAUAGCAGUGCUUCCCCACCUCAAUCGGCCGACGAGGAAAGCGAUAUCGAGAGUCUCCAUAGCUUCCAUUACAGUCCAAAAGCGGUUGAUCUACCGUCUGCCGUUCGACUAGCUAAAAGGCUAUUUUCUUUAGAUGGCUUUAAGAAAUCCGAUGUCUCCAGACAUCUUAGUAAAAACAACGACUUCAGUAAAGCGGUAGCCGAGGAGUACUUGAAAUAUUUCAACUUUGAACGAGACACGCUGGACGUGGCUCUAAGAAAGUUCCUUGUGCAGUUCUCUUUAACGGGAGAGACCCAAGAAAGGGAGCGAGUUCUUGUACAUUUCUCUAAGAGGUAUCUUGAUUGUAAUCCCGGCACGUUUCGCUCUCAAGAUGCUGUUCACACUUUAACUUGUGCUAUUAUGUUGCUAAAUACCGAUCUUCAUGGGCAGAAUAUCGGUAGAAAAAUGUCGUGCUCGGAGUUUAUAGAAAAUUUAUCAGAACUCAACGACGGUGAUAAUUUCCCUAGGGAGGUGCUAAAGCAACUUUACAAUGCUAUCAAAUCUUAUCCCUUGGAUUGGGCUUUGGAUGAUGAGGGUGACGAAACGGCGGCUCAGGUGAUUCAACAGGGUGAUGGACCAGCGAUAGCUGGUACUGGAAAUCCAUUUCUCGAUGUGCCAAAUGUUACAGGUGCUACGGAGUUCAAGAAGGGUUACGUUAUGCGCAAAUGUUGUUACGAUUCAAACGGGAAAAAAACUCCCUUCGGAAAGAGAGGUUGGAAGAUGUAUUAUUGUACAUUGAGAGAGCUUGUAUUAUAUUUACAUAAAGACGAGCAUGGCUUCCGUAACGAUAGUUUACACAAUGCGAUACGUAUUCAUCAUGCAUUAGCUACAAAAGCAUCGGAUUACACGAAGAAACAACACGUUUUCAGGCUACAAACUGCCGAUCAAGCGGAAUAUCUUUUCCAAACGAGCGAUUCCAAAGAACUUCAAUCGUGGAUCGACACGAUUAAUUUUGUAUGCGCCAGUUUCUCUUGCCAGCCUCUCGCAGGAGCCGUCGGUUCUCAACGAAAAUUUCAGCGGCCUCUGUUACCAUGCAGUCACACCAAAUUAUCUCCUAGAGAACAGUUACGGGACCACGAGGACAGAGUUAACAGACUGGAAGCCGAAUUGGACGAACAUAAACGACAUCCUCAGGAAAAAGGAGCUAAAGCUUUAGCCGUACAAAAUUAUAAAGAGAAGGGUGCAUACUUGUAUCACGAGUUAAAAAGGUAUAAGACGUAUGCCUACUUGUUACGUUCAAGACUGGCAUUCACAGAAGUUGAACCAUCUCUGGUAGAAAGCAGUAUUGGUGAAGUGGAUGAAGGAAGUGGCGCUUUGUUGAAUGCUGACGUAGCGUUAGUACCUCCUCCAGUUCCUGAUCGACCAGCCAUAAAUAGCAUGUGUGGUCUAAUCCGUGCUGCUCCUACAAAUAUUGCGCAGCUAUACGGAAAUAUUAGCUCCAAUUUCUAAGAGAUAUUAACCGAAACUAACGAUGUACUCGAUUCCAUCACUUGUUAAGUACUGUAUCUUAUUGUACUUUGUACUCACACACAUACACUAUUUCUUUUAAUACAUAUAACCCCCAUCAUUCUAAACAGCAGGCGAUCAUUAAUACGGUAGUUGUAAUAUAUUCGUACGACAUUAUAAUAAUCAAUCGAUGCAGCAGAUUUCUUAUACAUUGUUAUUCAAAAUUCAAUUAUAUGCAUUAUAUCAUUUCGAUAAUUUUUGUAAUUAUCUCGAUGGAGAUAAUAUUAACGUUAACAAAAUUUAUCAUUUAUGGUUAUCAUUUGAAGAGAGACAUUUUGUUGGAAAAUAUUUGUUUUUCAAUUCGAUUGAUCUAUAUCAAAAUCACGAUAUGAAAAAUAAUUUCUAUUUCGAAACAUGUAUUUUAACGAGAUCUUGAUUUUAUUGAUUAACACGAUGUUUUUAAAUGUCAAGAAAACUGCUGUUUUAUAUUCGCCUGUACACUUAAAAAAAAAAAAAAAAAUACAAACAAACAAACAAACAAACAUUAAACUCGCAUUAAAUGAAUGUUCGGUGGUGAUUGGUGGUAAUGGUAAUAGACUAACUCGGCAUUAGUGUAAAUUACUCGCUAAUAACUAUAACUCAUAGGAUCACACACACACAUUAUGAGAUUAAAUAUCUAGAAAAGGCUCGAUUCAAAAUUUCGUGCCUUUGGGAGAAGAAAGAUAUAAAACAAGAAGAGUGUGUGUAGAGUGGUAACGAUGGUAAAAUACACAUAACUUACAUGCAUACACAUACACGGGACACAUGCACACAUACACACGCAAUUAGAAAAUGAUCGACAUCAGUCAUCUGCAUGUUAGGAAAUAAUUAUAAUAACGUUUCAUUCAAAACGAAUUCUUAUAAAAUAACAAUAAAAGGACAUUGUCCUCUUGUUGUUAGAUCUAUAGUGAAACUAAAAGAAAACCAAAGUCUUAAAUGCAAAAAGGAAGUUGUCAUAUAUAUACAUAUAAAUGCAUAUAUAUGCGAACGAGAUAUAUAAUCAUGUUUUAGCCUCUCGACAAGUAUAGAUGCAUUCGAUUAAUAUUCGGUUAAAAAACAUUACACAGUAUUCGAAAGUAUUUACCAUCUAAAUACGUGUAAUUGUUUUCGUUAUCAGAUAAAACAAUAUUUAUCUCGUUACGGAAACGUCUAACAAUUUUUUUUUUCGUUUCUUAUUACUGCUCUUAAACAAUUUUCGUUCAUCUUUUUUCUUUCUUUUUCUUCUUCUUUUUUCUUUUCUUUCCUUUUUUAAACUAACAUUUCAUAAAACUGCUCAUUGGCUUAUUUUACAAUUACAUUCUAAUGACGUGAACAAUGUAAUAUCGCUUUUUUCGUACUUUAAAAAAAAAAAA